GUAUACAUAUAUAUACACAGAUCAUUAAAUAAUUACUCCUGAAAUUUGGCAGAAAAGUCUUCAAAUAUUUUAUCCUCACUCCUAAGUAAUUUUUAAAUUGAAAAGUCAUUUGAAUUGAUUAAACGAAUUCAGUUCAUAUAAUGCGCGGUAUUGGUGUCAUGCUCGGUCGAUAAAGCAUCACACGGGUCGCAAACUCGGUCGAUAAAGCAGCGUGUCGAUGAUGGCCGAGCAGCUUCAAAAAUAAAGAGCAACCGUUGAGGUAUCAAAUGGAUUGAGUGGUGGGGGACAUGAAUACAAGUGAGAAUUAGAUAGAGUGGGGGAGAAACUCUAGUCACUGGAACUGUAUGAAAAUUGGGCACUAAAAUGCUCCCUUUGAAAGUCCCCAAUAAACAUUACACUAAAAUUGAGCCAACUACAUCAUAACAGCUCCAAAAAACCAUCAUAUCUGGAGGAUUUCAGUGUAACCGGCCUAUUAUGUGCUUCACAACGACGAAAAAAUUCACAUAAAACGAAAAAAUGGUGCUUCUGACGCGUUUUUUAGGUUAUGCCGCCUACCAGGCAAAAAAGCCCAGGAGAUACAUGAGGAAGGGCUUCCUAGACUCUAUACAGCUCUACGUACGUGGUGGCACUGGGGGGAUGGGCCUGCCUCGCUAUGGAGGUGUGGGGGGACGUGGUGGACAUGUCUAUGCCACUGCCACCGAGGAACUGACUUUAUUCGAUGUCGAGAGGAAGUAUAGGAACAAGAAGAUCAUCGCCCCCCAUGGGGAAGAGAGCACAUUCAAGGGACUUCUGGGGGUCAUGGGAGAGGAUGUGGAGAUCCCUGUGCCCAGGGGUGUCACCAUUUUCGAUCGGAAUGGUGCUGUUCUAGGAGAUCUUGACAAACCAGACUCCAAAGUCAUCAUAGCUCGUGGAGGGGUUGGAGGCUGUGAGGAGACUGGCUGGAGUGGCCAAAAGGGAGAGCAUAGAGUUGUGACUCUGGAUUUGAAACUGAUUGCUGACGCUGCACUCGUGGGCUUCCCCAACGCUGGCAAGAGCACUCUCUUGCGGUCCGUCUCCAGGGCAAAACCAAAAAUUGCUAAUUAUCCUUUCACAACUGUACGACCGAACCUCGGAGUAGUUCAGUACCCAGAUAUGCGAGAAAUCGCAGUAGCAGAUCUUCCAGGACUGAUCGAAGGCGCCCACGUCAACGUGGGAAUGGGGCAUAAAUUCCUGAAGCAUCUGGAGAGAUGCAAGAUCCUUGUGUUUGUCGUUGACAUUCAGGGAUUUCGACUGUCGGUCCACCGAACCUUCCGCAACUGCCUCGAGACAGUUAUCCUUCUUAACAAGGAGCUGGAGCUCUACAAGCCCGACCUCCUGAACAUGCACUCCAUACUGGUGAUCAACAAAAUGGACACUCCAGAUGCCGAGAAGAAAUUCAAGGAGAUAGAGCCAGCUCUGUACGAUCUCCAAAGUGCUUUCGAUCGUGUUUCCGAAGAAAUUCGUCCAGAAGUGCCACUGCAGUUCAAUGAAAUUCUCACUGUGUCGUUGGGGUUAGAGAAACAAGAAGAGAUCGAGUUCGUUAAGGAGAGGAUACGGGUCAAUCUCGAUAAACAGGCAGAGGAGGAAUUGAAGAAGAAUGAGGAACUUCCGGGGGAGAUUGAUGUCUAUGAAAAAAUUAAAAAAGAAUCUAGACGACAUUUACCAAUAACUAUUUGAAUUGUUGUGUCUAAACGAUGAAAACAUUGUACAUAUAUUAAUGGAACUAUUAAAGAGAUAGUUUUUUAAGGUAAA